AUGGUUCGUAAAUCUACAUGCACUACUGGUGACCUGGCCAAUAAUAUCGACAAGCUUCGUCGAGAACUGUUACAAUGUAAGUAUCCUGGUCCUUUGGAUACGAGAGCCUGGAAGAAAGGAAAUCCAGCGGACUUGCUUCCUCUGAUGCAUUACGCGCUGCUUGGAUAUUCGAAGUGGGUGCACGAUUAUCUUGUGGAGAAGGGCUACGAUUUGUUUUCGAAGACAGACAUUCGAUUUGUUGAGACCAUACAGAAGAUCAUGAGGGAAGAGUUUGACUAUCAACCACAGCUUCGGGUAGACCAAUUUUUCAUGGAUGGUUUUGUCGAGAGGAAGAUCAUCUUGGUACACGACUUGCUCAAACUCUGCCAGAAAUGCCAUUGUGAAAUCCGAAGAAGCUCCAGAUCUACUUCAGAAUCCAGCAAGGACAGGUCCUCAGGAGCUCUCAAGAAAGUGACCCCAGGCAGAUUUGUGAAUGGGGGAGAGCUGGGGCUGUCCUCUGACCCAGAGAACGAGGAUGCUGCUCCUCCACGACCUCUCAAGCCUCCUACCCCACAACAGUUCGGCUCCUCCUUCCUCGAGCUCCCGUCUCCGACACCGAAGGUGCAACAGACGGACCGGUCAGACGUUGGCUUGCCGCAGAUGAUGACGGCAGACAGUUUGUCGUCGAUCUAUGUCGUGAACGAGAUGCACAGAUCUUCGACGGAACUGACGACUUCGCAAGAAGAAAAACACUCGUCCAAUUCAAGGUUUCAAGCACCGGUGCAUACCAGGGGAAGGGUGGUGAGGGAGGUCGAACAAGAUCGAAUGUCGAUUCAAGAAAUGGACAGGAUGGAGGAGUUGGAGGGAAUGCGAAUGAAAGUCGCUGGCCUUGAAAGACAGAUGGAGCAAUUUUACCUCGUUACAGAGAAGGUCCGACAGUUGGAGCACGAGUUGAAGGCCGCAAGUCUCAUAUCAGAUGGCAAGAUCCGAUUCCUCGAAGAGAGGGUAGCAGCGCUAGAAAAUCAGCUUGAGUUGAAGGAGGGCAAGGAGUUAGCUGAAGGUGUCAUCCCUCACAAGAAGACUGACAUUCAAGAGCUUCAAGGAUCCUCUGAGCUCAUCAACUUUGCGCCUGAAGGCAGCAAUGCUCACCGUGGCGAUGGAGGGAGCAUACAGGAUCGAAAGUCUCAAGGAGCUCCUGCUGCCACUGUGCUGGAGGUGCCGUCAGCGGCGAGCGAGCCAGCUUUCGAUCUCGUGGACCAGGAAGGAGAAAUCACGGACGAGAAACUCAAAACUUUCAUCUCGAGCAUCCGACAGAGAUUCAAAGAAACUCACGAGCUCCUGCGAUCCACAAGGAAGUGA